CAGGAUUUGAAUGACUUUGCCCGAUCGGGCUCGCUCGUGGAGGGAAAGUUUAGAGACAUAAGAAGCAUCGCCUGGGUCACGAUAGCUUUUAGCUCGCCCAGCUCAACAUACACUCGUGUUUCGGAAUACCGCCGCUGCCGCCAUGGACUCAAUGAUUGAGAUUGACGAUGUGAUUUUCGAACCAUAUAAUUCUGACGACAAUAUGAGCGAUUGGCAGGACGAAAUAGGGCUGCCAGUCACCCCCCAGAGGGAGGCGAUGGGCGUCAGCAUGCAGGUGGAGAGAUUGGUGGAUUCUGCUCGUAAGGUCCUCGUGUGUCAACAAAGUCUCCAAUACUCACCAAGAGCAGAGAGUGUCAAGCCAACUCCCCCAGGCCAGUCAGAUGCCGUAACAAUGAUUCCCGGAGGGGAAAGCGAUUGGCAAGUAUCAGAGCUACCAAUCCCCCAGGAGACAGAGGCGAUGGCCACCAGGGCGCAGCUUGAGAGUUUCUUGGACACCUCUCAGAACGUCAAGCCAACUCGGUCAGAACUGCCAGAUACCCCAGUGGUAAUGCCACAGGAAGACAGCGGUUUCCCGUGUCGUAAUGAUCUCAAGAAGGACGAUCUCACCACAUUCAUACAAUAUCAGGCAAAUCAGAAAACAUACGAGGCAGCGUUCUUGAAAACCUUCGUUACUCAUGCACUGCACCCUAGCAGACUCAAUCUGAUGAGAUGUCUCCCAGACAAGCCUGAGGCUCUUGAGAAGAUUGAGGGGUAUCUGCGUGCAGUCUCAGAAAGCGUGGACGAGAUCACCACUAAAAUCAUCCAGAAUGCACACCUGAAAAGUGUCAACUUCCUUGCUAAAGAUGGAAGCAAAGGUCUCCCAUUCAUAAAUAUCCACCGCUCCAAGCAGGAUACGUUCAAGGAUUUCGGCCCAGAUAAUAUCUUCCCGGUUGCGCAGAAGCUGAAGCACUCCUGGCACAAGGCGUGGCCGAAUCGAAGCACGUAUGUGCAAUAUACGGCUGCGGAUUAUCCGGUGUCAACACACUCCCCUUUUGCCGACAUUGCCGCUGCACGAAAAAAAUUCGAUGGAGAGCCGGGAUGUCCUGAGUUGCCUCACGGCCACCCGGUUGUGUGGCCUCCAAAGCCGGAUCACUCUGCUCUAUCGGGCAUCGCUGGUGCCGCUUUUGAUUCUCGAGCGACACUGUGUAAGGCUAGAGAAAGUGUUCCAACUCGUUUAAAGACUCCCCGAAAGACUAAAGCGAAACCUAGCGGUAGAGAGGUGGUAUCCACUACCGCAUCUACCUUUCUUGAUGUGGAUAUGGUCGGUGUCAGCGCUGGAUCUCAAGCGAGUGGUACAUCAACUAACCUAGAUCCCGAUAUCACGCUGCCAGAUAGGGAGUCUAGACGCCUCAAUUCUGCUGUACUUAAUCUGAGCGCCCAAAUCUCCAAUGAGGCAUUUGUCUCUGGAGAUUCGGCCAGGGAUGAAACCCAGAAGAAGGGGCGGAGCGAAGAGAUCAUGGAAGUACAUUGGCAACGACUUGUCCAGUCGUCCUCCAAUCAAGCUAGCUCUUCUUACCGCCCUUCUUACCACCCUUCACAGGACUUCAAGGGUGUCAUAUCUCACUCCGUAGAGAACCGUGUCCUCAAGGCACCCUCCCCUGAAACCCAGAAGCAAACCAAUGCCUUUGCUUGUAAGAGUCCAGCGAAGACAUUGAUUCGAUCCAGAAAUGGUCUAAACUUGGAGACGAUACGCGCUGUAACGCACGCUGUGGAUAAUGAGAUUCUCAAACCUCCAUCUAGUGCUGCACAAAAGGUGAUCAAAGCUGUUGUUGCCAAGAUUCCGAAGGUGAAGCCUGCUCAACCUGUCAGCACACCGGGCAUAGGGAUGACGACUAUGGGAACAUGUGCCCUUGAACCUCCGUCCUCUAGGCCACAGAAAGAAAUCAACAAUGCUUGGAGUAGGAUUCAGUCGAAGACACUCGCAGAAUCUACAAACUCGCAAGGCGGGGGGAUGAGGUUCGCGCCGACUGUUGAGGAGAUAGGCACGCUUGAUCGGCAGUCUGGAGCUGAGGGUCUGAAACGGAAAGCAUCGUCCUUAGCUUCUACGACACCACAAGCAGCUCCGAAGAAGCCGCAGGAGCCUCUGUUGAAAGAUCCCUUGGGAAAGCAUAAAGCGUCUAGAGCUAGUCAAGCCGAGAAUACCCCCAGCCGAAGUAAAAGGAAGGACCCGAGCAAGCCGGAGAAGCCAAGCAAAACGACACCAUCCAGUGGCCCAAAGCUGAAAGUGCGCAGGCCAAAGCUGACUCUGGUCAAGCCCCAACCUACAGGACCAUUUCCACCUCAUCCAAGCGGCUCACAGACCCUCGAACCCCACCAAGUCCUUCCACAGGGUGCAUACUUCGAGGCAAAAGGCCCAGAGGACAAGUUUGUCUGGCGUUGCGGCAUUAACCACGCGUUGGGAUACUACUACAACUCUGGAGAUAGAAAAGUCUGCCCAGGCUGCUUCACGCACAUAGAGUACCAGCGAAAGCAUAUCACCAUGGACUUCUACAUGCCGAUUAAGACUUUCUCCCGCCAGCCAGCUCCGGAUGGAGUAAUCUGGAAGCCGACGCCAAUCUACGCAACCCAGAGAGUAAGGACGACCUCAGAGAAUGUGUCACACAAAGGCCACGUUUCGCACAAUGGCGUGGCCAAACUAGUGUAUUGGGAGUAUAUCCAGGCUGGUUCCACUGAAGCAGGAGCUAGGCAGAAGGCGAUCGAGUACAUGGAAGAGUAUCUCGCCGCUAAGGUAAAGCCGGAGUCGGAGCCUACACCUGAACCUGAGUCUGAGAGCGAGGACGAACAAGUAGAGCCUGAACCCCAUCCCAGCGGAUCGAAAACCAUGGAGCAUGGCCAGGAACUUCCACUGGGCAGUUAUUGGCAGAAGCAAGAGCGCCACGAAGAGUUUGCUUGGCGUUGUGAUAGCAACCACGCACUUGGUCGGUACUACCUUGCAGGAGACAAGAGGACCUGUCCUGGUUGUGGAUCGAACAAGAGCGGCAAAGCUAAGCAUGCGACCAUGGAUUUCUACAUGGAAGAAGGCACUACAGUUCGCCAGACUGCGGAGAACCUAGUUGAUUGGCAACCGAGGCGGCCUUACAAGACCAAGAGCAGUGGGAAAGAGAAGAAGGUUACUGCUAGCACCCAUAAUCAAUACGCUGCAAAAGUUUACUGGGAAGCUGUUGAUAAUGGUCGCACAGCAGCGGAGGCUAUGAAGCUCGCGCUCGAUAAAACGGACGCUUGGGUCGACGCCAAGGACGCCGAAGUUGAGGCGGCGGCAGUGGCAGUGGUAGAGGACGACAAUGGGAGUCGGGAAGCCACUAUUGAGGAGUGCCCCGACUCCGACUCGGAUUCUGACUCCGCUGUAGCCCCCAUUCAGCUUGGAGGACCGGAUAAUACUAAGCACAAGCGACUGAGGAUCGUCCCGAAGAAGAGGGCGAUUGAUGAGGUGAGUAUAGGCAGCCAAUAUGAAGAAGGGCCAUCGCAGAACCGUGUAGCCCCUAAUCAGGUUGUGGAAUCCAGUGAUGACGACAUCUCUUCCUCGGGUUCAGACAGUGAAUAA